CCUGAAGAUACUUCUUCAUUUCCUGUGAGUUAUAUGUUCUGAUUUAAGCACAGGAAGAACAAAAUGGACUUCUGAAGAUCAUCUUGCAUCUUGAACAGCACUUUGGUCUAUAAUUCACACCUCAGAUCAUGGCAUCAACAAAUUUGCUGUUAUCAAGAUUGCGCGAUUUGGUCAGAUAUGGACAGUGGAGUGAGGACGAUGUUGUGGAUUUGUUCACUGCCCUUGUGAAAGAAGACGGUGUAAAGAGAUUAAACACUGAUUUCUACACAUGGAUGGCUAAAAUACUUUACCAAGUGGAAAUUCACAAGAUCAACAAGUCAGAUUUAUUAUCUGAGAUUAAACCAAGCCAGUUUGUGGAUGACAUUGAAAACAGAAUUAAAAGCCUUGCUAAAGAAACAAGAGAGAAAAGCCUCAAAGAAAUCCUUGAUGAAAUUCGAACAGAAGGAGACACUGAUCUCAAUAUUUUAUGUGAAGUUGAAAAAAUUGUGUCAUAUGUGUCUUCAUCACCACCUGUUUCAAAAAACCCAUCAGGUAUAAAGGAGACAUUAGUGACACUAUGUAAAGCAGUAGAAAAAACCAAAGCCAAAGAGAAAUGGAAACCAAGGCUGGCUCAGAUGGUGAGCUGGUGCAUCAUGGCUCUUUCUGAUUCCAGCCGGUUAAUCCAGGUUGGCACAGGAGAAGGAAAGUCAUGUAUUGUAGCCAUGUUUGCUGCAUAUCUUGCCAUGAAUAGACAACAUGUAGACAUUAUCUCCAGUUCCCCUGUGCUUGCAGAGAGAGAUGCUAAGGAGUGGCUUUCAUUUUAUAAAAAUCUGGGAAUCACUGUGGAUUACAAUACAAAUAAAAGAAAAGUUGAAGACUUGAGGCAGUGUUAUGCAUGUCAAGUAGUCUAUGGCACAGCUGAAGAUUUUGCAGGAGACUGGUUAAGACACAGGUUUCAAAGAGAAAAUGUGAGACCUGAUAGAAAAUUUGAAUGUGUCAUAGUAGAUGAGGUGGACUCGCUCAUGUUGGACAAAGGCCUAGAAAUUGUCUACCUGAACAGUGAGAUGCCUGUCAUGGAGUCUUUAAAUGUAAUCUUAGCUAAGAUUUGGUGUGUUGUCAACCAGUCUGAAGAUCUGGAUGUAGAGAAGACACUAGAUCUUAUUCGCUCCUCACUAGCAUCAGACGAUUUAGACAUACUGCCAUCACAUUUAGAGAUUUCCACAGGUACAUCAGAGCGGGAGCGCAACAAAAUCCACAUUCCAGGUUUUCUAGAGCACAUAAAUGAGAGGCUAAAAAUAUGGAUUGAAAAUGCAUUCCUUGCCAAAACGAUGACUUCAGGGCAUGAAUACAUUCUGCAUAAGGAUAGUGUAGUUCCUGUAGAUUUCGGAUCUACAGGAGUCGUGCAAAAUAACAUGAAAUGGGGAGAUGGGCUUCAGCAAUUCCUAGAAAUGAAGCACCAAACCAGGCUGUCGAAUAUGUCCAUUAUAACAAAUUUCAAGUCCAAUGUAAGUUUAUUCAGGAGUUACAAACAGAUUUAUGGGCUCACAGGAACUUUGGGGAAACAAACUGAACUUGAUUUGCUGCAGAAACUGUACCCUGGCAUUAAAUCAUGUAAAAUCCCACCAUUCAAACGAAGGAAACUUUACGAGAAGGACGGCAUUGUAAUUACUGAUGAAGAUGGGUGGGAACAAACAAUUUGUAAGGUUGUUAAUACGCAAGUGAACCCCACAGUCUACCGAGGUUCAAGAGCAGUCUUGGUAAUCUGUGAAACUAUUAAACGAGCACAAACUGUCCAUGAUGCACUCUCAAAAAUUAUUCCAACAGACAAACUGAAACUGUACACCAAUAACAAUAUGGACAAUUCAAUGAUUACAGGCAAGGAGGUUACAGAAGGUUGUGUCAUUGUUGCAACCAAUCUUGCUGGUCGUGGGACUGACCUAAAAGUCUGUCCAAAUGUAAAUGAUUCAGGGGGUCUGUUUGUGGUGCAGACCUUCUUGCCUCUUAAUAUCCGUGUGGAGCAACAAGCUUUUGGUCGAACUGCACGACAAGGAAAUCCUGGUUCUGCUCAACUCAUCAUGUGUUCUACUCACUUCUCUGAGUCAGUGAAACUGGUGAUGGCACUACACUCACCUCUCAGGUUACUUACCCUCCUGAGGCAUCUAACAGACACUUUAGCUGUGACAGGACUGACUGAAAAUAAGUUUGAAGAAACACUUAUAAUUUAUCGGCGAGAACCCAAUGAAAAGAAUUGUGAGUCCAUGGUGAAAGAACUUAAAGAAUUGCUAAAUACUGAAAAGCUAAGCGGCUUAACUAACCUGGAGAUGGAAAAACAAUCUAGAGAUUUAAUUGUGCAAACAAGACUGUCACAUAUUCUUGAAGAUGACAUUCCAAAAAUCACCAAAAAGGAAGAUCUCUUUUAUGAAUACCUUGCCAUAUUGGACACCAUUUACAAACAGCCUCUGGGUGGCAACCAUGAAGAUAUUGUGUCUUCACUUCAUGAGUGCUGGGGUAUGUGGCUUCUGAUGAAGUUCAAUGAGAAUAAAUCGACUGAAAUAUUAAGACAGCAGUUAAAGAAAGACUUGCAAAGUGCAAAGCAAAAACUGGAUUGUAAACAUUCCCCUUCCACUAUGAUCUACCAUUAUGUAAGACUUGGCAACACACUCCGCAACAAAAGAUCCUUUGCAGACAGCAUUGAGAUGUACACAAGAGCCAUUGAAAACAAUUCUUGCUGUCCUGCUAUUGCUUUGUACAAUCGUGCAUUUUCCAUUCUGUCUAAAGGAAAUAGUGGACAUAUUGCUCAGGCAUUGUCAGACCUGAAGAAAGCUGAGGAGGCAGUAGAAUCCUACAUGAGAAUGUUGACGUUGACUGUAGACUUUGUGAAAAGCUCCAGUAACGAACAUUUUUUGUUUGCUGACACAUCAUUUACCAAGCAAUUUCAUGCCAAGCAAAUGGCACAGCAUCUAUUCAAAAAAAAUAUCCAACAAGCAAUACAAGUGUUGCAGUUUGCUGAAAAUAAAGGUAAUAACAUACAAAUAACAAAAUACCCAGUGAAACGUCUGAUGCUGGACACUGUGCUUUUGGUUGCCCAGUCCAUGGUGUCCUAUAUCUUGUUCCCUGAGUCCCUUAGCAUUGCAUCAAGUACAGAAAAUGAACUGAUGGUUGACGUUACCGAGCUGGGCAGAGAGAUAAUUCAACUCCAGUCACUGGGACUGGACACCCUCUUCUCGGUACAAACUGUGUUCUCUUUUUUUAAACGUUUGAGUAAAAUAUUUAUUUAAAGGCUCAGCUAAACUAUUUGACAAAAAGUAAAGCAAAGAAACAUUUUCAGCACAUAUCCUUUUGGCAUCCAGUAGGGAAGAAUUGAAGUAUACUGAAGUGCUGAUUUAGAAUAUAGCAUGACAUUUAUUAAAUAUAAUUUUUAUAAUCUUUUUUUAAUUAUAGUGACAACACCACACUGCCAGACAUUGGUAGCAGAAUUAAUAGUGCUCCUUGAUCAAGCCAAUACUGAACAAUUUUCCCAGACUAGUACUGUACCUUUGCUAUUAUUUUAUGAAGUAACCAAUGAUAUGAUUAUAGAACAAUC